CUCGUCAGCCUGUCAGUUAGUGCCGUGGCGCCGUGACGGUACGGUUGUUGCGCUUGCUACACGUUGUUUUCGUCCUCCCUCCCCUCCCCCUCUCUCGCCGCCGGUUCGCGAAACGUGUGCCGCUCGGGGAGAUAUUGAAUGGGGGAGCCUUGGUUCCGAUCCAUCACAGCUACGGCCACUGUUGCGAGAGUAAGAUAAUCAGUGUGGAUAAUCCGAGUGGACUCUGGAUAGAUCGACGCGUGUGUGAUCGUGAAUCGUUGUUAUCGCGUUUCUUUCGGAUUGUUUCUUUCUUUCUUUCUUCCUUUUUUUUUUUUUCCUCCCCUCCCCUUUUAAUUUCUCCUCCCCCCCUCUUUGUUUUUUCUUUUUCCUCCCCCACCCUCUUUUCCUCUCCCUUCCUUUUUCGAAUUCGUUCGUUUUUAUUUUCUCUCCUUAUUUCUUCGGCCAAUAAAUUUUACACGUACACGAUUUUUCAUCUUGUGAAAAACCAAGUUCGGCUGGAACGUUGAAGUGCGCGGCAUUGAAUUGUGACAAGGAGUGAGAGGGGAAUCGAGUUUGGAGAAUCGGAGUUUUGGAGAAGAGAGAAAAGGCGGGAAGAGGAGUCUGAAUCGGGCUGUGAUCGAUGAUUUCUUACGUGCUGUUCGGUGUGUGCGCGUUCUAUGCCUGAUCGACGUCCGUACAAAAGCGGUAUUCGUAUUAGAAUAAGAUACGGUUAUGAGAAGAGUUCGAUGACCAGUGGAUAGCGGACCAUCCAUCGACGCCACACCAUGGACUACUACCUGCACACGUGCCUCAUCUUCUACCUAUCGAUCCUCUGUUUCCGCGGAGGACGAACCAUAGACAUAUCACAAUGCAUCGCGCCCCUGGGGAUGGAAUCUGGUGCGAUUCCCGAUGCAGACAUCACAGCGAGCUCGAGUUUCGAUAGCGGAAACGUCGGUCCGCAUCACGGACGGCUGAAGCAAGAGAGCCACGGAGGUGCCUGGUGCCCGAAGCUGCAGAUCACCACGGAGCCACGCGAGUGGUUGGAAAUCGAUCUUCACACGGUCCACAUGAUCACCGCCACAGGCACUCAGGGCCGCUUUGGCAACGGCCAAGGUGUCGAAUACUCGGAGGCGUAUAUGCUCGAGUAUUGGAGGCCGAAGCUCGGCAAGUGGGUCCGGUACAGGGACGUGCGGGGCGAGGAGGUGAUCGACGGGAACAAGAACACGUACCUGGAGUCGAAGCACGAGCUGGAGCCACCUAUGUGGGCGAGCAAGGUCCGCUUCUGGCCUUACAGCUACCAUCGGCGCACCGUUUGCAUGCGGGUGGAACUGUACGGUUGCCCGUGGAACGACGGUAUCGUGUCGUACUCGAUGCCCCAGGGCGACAAACGCGGCAACUGGGAGUUCUUCGACGCCACGUACGACGGUUACUGGGACGGCCAGCUUCUGCGCGGACUUGGACAGUUGACGGACGGCAAGAUCGGGCCCGACAACUUCAAGAUGAGCUACUACGAUUACGACAGGGGUCAGGGAUGGGUCGGGUGGAGGAACGACACCAGGUCCGGCCAUCCGCUCGAGAUCAAGUUCGAGUUCGACCACGUGAGGGAGUUCUCGGCCGUGCACAUAUUCUGCAACAAUCAGUUCACCAAGGAUGUCCAGGUGUUCUCCGAGGCUAGCAUAAUGUUCAGCGUCGGUGGCAAAUAUUACACGGGCGACCCGAUCGUGUACUCGUACAUGGAGGACAGGAUCUUCGAGCACUCGAGGAACAUAUCGAUCAAGCUGCACCAUCGAAUCGGCAAGUUCGUCAAGCUGAGGUUCAGCUUCGCCUCGAGGUGGAUCAUGAUCAGCGAGAUCACGUUCGACUCUGAUAUCGCCCACGGGAAUUUCACCCCGGAAUCACCGCCCACGACGGAAGCCCCGAGACUAAGGGAUCGAAUCUCGGCGCGGGACAAUCCUUUGCAAGCCGAGGUUCCAGUCGUGAAGCAAGACGAUUCGAAUUACAUGGCGGUGAUCAUCGGCGUUCUAACAGCGGUGAUCCUGCUGCUCGCCGUGGCCAUCUUCUUGAUAAUCACGCGGCACAGGCAACGGAAGAACUUCGCGAGCCCGCUGGGCACGAAGACGGCGAUCCCGUCGAGCAACCAUCAACACCUGUCCCCCGAAUCCGCUUACGGGACAACGGAGAAGGAUCCAUCGUUGAUGACGUACAGGGUGGAGGAGUUGGACGAUCGAUACGCCGGAACCAAGCUGACCACGCUUCCACGGGAUCUGAACGAUCGCCUGUUGGGGGACGUGAGAUUGGACGAGUAUCAGGAGCCAUUCUACGAGAACAAGCACAGGGAACCGCCUCACGCCGCUUAUUACGGGUAUAGCACCGUCGUUAUAGACAACAAGGAUCUUCACGACAACGUUGAACAGUCUGACGCCACGUACGACUAUGCAGUACCAAUGCCUGUGCCUAGUGUAAGCAGCGAUCAGGACAGCGUUUUCUCCAAGUCUUCGUCGAGGGGUAGCGCGAAGGCGUGCUUGCAGAGCUUCUUCCCCCCGCCCCCGCCCCCGAUGAGCGCGCCACCCCCACGAGGAUCCAGUAACCUCACGUACUCGAACCCGCCGAGCCCGGAACCAGUUUGCGAGCGCGAGCGCAGAGGAAGCAAGCGCCGCGAGCACUCGAUGCACAGAUACGCGUAAGGACACGCCACUAGCUACCACACGCCACACUCAACGCUGCUGCUCCACACAGCCGGGGAUCGAAGGUACGCGACAACAAGGUUCGCCCAUCGUUGAUGAAAUCGAGAGAUCCUUCGGCAUCCGCGCGCCCCGUCACUCCCCCUUCCCCAAUCUUCCACUUUCUACUCGAUCAACGAUCCCGUGAAAAAAAUAUAUCCCGUGAAAAAAAGGAGGAAGAAGAAAAGGAGAAAGAGAGCGAUGGAUGGUGAAAAAAAGGCGUAGCGUGGAAAAAAAGCGCAGCAGAGGAAGAAGAGGAGGAGGAAGGAGGCGAAGAGGAGACGAGAAUUCGACGAGUUUCUGAGAGAUCGAGGAAGGGGAGGAAAAGUUGGCGCUAAAACUCUCGCUCUACCUCUCUUUCUCUCUCUCUCUCUAUCUCUAUCUUUCGAGCGGUCCAAUUAAUAGAGAAGAAAAAAAAGAAGAAGGAUAGCGAGAUCGUGGUAGAAUAUAUCCGGUCCUCGAUCUCAUCGAAAAAAUCUUUCUACGACGAGCACUGCCAUUCGCGCACUUUCCAAGCGUAUUAUAUACCCUUGGUGCAGUAGAGUAGAGGCGUACACCCUCGAGUGGAGCGCGCACAAGAGGACGACUCAACCUACUCGUAGUAGGUAGGUAGGUAGGUAGGUAGGUAGGGGACGCGUAACCGGAGUUGUAACUACAAUUGGCAUAUCAGUUUAACGGCGACGACUCUUCUCUCUGGAAAUUCGGGAACUGCUCGCCUGGCGACCCGAGGCCUUCUUCUACUCCCGCCUUCCAACCUGCGUGGAAAUCAAAGCCUCGAAGAAACGACGCGCCAUCUCUAUUUUCUGCCAGUUUUAACAGGGUUCGCGACGAAUCGAAUGCAUAUCGAGCGAAUACACCCCGAAUUUCGCUAUACGACUCGCUAUUCGCUCGGUUGAAAUGUCCGAUCUGGAAAUGGCCGUUCAAAUUUUCUAUAAAAUAGAUUUAGGCUAUGUCCUUCUCCAGAGCUUUGUAAUUUUAUUUCGAAAGAGUUGAGAAAGGAAAUGGUGGUUCCAGAUAAUUCUAGAUACGAAUAUUUUGACCAAGGUGGGAAGAGCGAGAGAAUAUGAUCUAGGGUUCAAGGUGAGAAAAACGAUCUUUGUCCAACCAACAGAUUCGUCGCAAUUUUAUGAAUCGAUUAAAAAUAUUGAUCACGAAUAAUCAUCCGCAACGUAAUCGAGAAUAAAAUAUAAUAUUUUCUUAUGGAGAAUUUAAAACUUCUUCGAGAUAUUUUAAAAAAAAAAUACAUCCCGUUUUUUUGGGAAAAAAAAAAGUCGUUACCUUUUUUAAUUACGAAUCCUUCCGCGCGAGAAACGGUUGCCAUUUGCUCGAUAUGCAAACUCUUGCAAUAAUUCAAUCGUGUUCGAAUCGAUCUACUGCGAAUUUUUUAUAUACACGUUAGAGUAUAAUAACGAGGCUUCGAUUUCACGGUCACGUCGCAAUCUUCGUCGAAAUCUUCUUUUUCCAAAAGAAAAAAAGAAAAAAAAAAGAAAAAAAAGAAAAAGGAAAAAAAAAGAGCAACGUUUCUCAAACAACCUUUCUCUUCUUUUCCGUCGAGAUGAACUCUUCCUCUCCCCUCCACUCCCCCCACUCCUCCGGCUGGGGAAACACGCGCGAAAAAGUUAUCCCGCAACCUUUCCUCCACCCCCUUCCCUAAAUUCCAAACUCGGAGUGAGUUACACAAGGUUCAGAAGUUCCCAGGGAGCGGAAACGGGGUGGGGGAGAAAAAGGGAGAGGGAGAAGGAAAGAGAGGGGUGGGGGAAGAGUAAAGGUAAAGAGAGUCAUAUUUUUCGUUGAUACUACCUCGCGUGUUCUUUCCAACGUUUUUCCACAACGCUGCCACAUUUCUUCCGCGUCGGUAAAAAGCGCGAGCCGCGUUAGCAGCUUCGUUAGCGGGGAGGCUGCCGUGUUCCUCCUUACGAAGGGGGGGGAAGGGAAUCCCUGAAGAAGAAAUUGCGACUCGCAUGGCGCGCAUUUCCGCGCUGAAAAGAGAAAAGGAAAGAAAAAAAAUAUAAUAAAACGGUAGCCGCGAUAAGGAAGGAAGGAAGGAAGGAAAGGGAAACCGAUCUGCGAGGGAAGGAUUUCCAGAAGGAGUCGCGCGUGGUUUAAUGGUUUCGUCUGUACGGCGCGCAUGUGCGAGCGGAUCGAGCUCGCUAUCGAUUCGAUAAAACGAGAGGGGUUCAAAAAAAAAGAAAUAAAAAAGAAAAGAACGAAGAAGAAGAAGAAGAAGAAGAAACGGAGGAAGUAUACUCUUUACUUUCGCUUCUCUUCUUCCUUUUCCUUUUAUUUUUCUUCUUCGUUCCGAUAAGAUAUUUAUUUCGACUUGGCGCGAGACAACUCGAACUCGCGGACGAUAAUAAUUAAUUACCGGUUAAUUGUCUCCGUAGUAGUGCGGAGUAUAAUAAUUCAGGUGACGGUUCCACGGAGAAAAGAAAAAAAAAAAAAAAAAGAAAAAGGGACGUCAGGUAUUGUCGUGGCACAGGAACGAGGUUGGAAAGAAAGGAGAGACGGCGACGCGUGGAAGAUCGACGCGGAGAUAUCGAACGGUAGCCGUUUAAGGGGGGAAAGGCAAGAAAGGUACAGGCUAAAGGGGGAGGAGAAAAGAUUUGUGGGGAGAUGGAGAACGUUAGCGAGCUUCGAUCCCCGCCUCACACAACAAGACUGACGUCGAAUAAAUAAUUGAAUAUCCCGAUAUUGUGCUAUGUAAUACGCGCAGAUAGGCGCGUGUACACGCGCGCAUGCGCGCGUAUUUCGUCGUAUUAUUUAUUAUUAUAUCGCGGCAUAUAGCGCCCCGUAAACGGAUCUUUAAUUUAUAUACGUAUUAUACAUACACACGUAUAUAUAUAUAUACAUAUGUAUAUGCGAGGGAGGAAAGAAGAAGAAAAAAAAAUAUAUAUAUAUAUUAUAAAUAGAUAUAUAUAAAUAUAACAAAAGAUAACGCGGUAAUUAUCGUGCGUCGGCGGAUUUUAAGCGUAAUAAUAUAACGAUAUAUAUAUAUAUAUAUAUUGUAUAAGCCCAACUUUAUUUCUCUAUCACUACCGACAUCGCCUUCAUGCAACGAGGAAAAAAAAAAAAAAAGAAAUCGAGGGAUUUAACCGACGUAAGGAAUCGACAAUACAGGGAUGAGACAACAAUAAUUAAAUACAUGUGUACGUAAAUGAUGAAAGAUUAAAAA